CUCUUGAUUACGGUUGGGCGGGCUCAGGAGGAAGCAGAUACCGACAGAUGGCUCAGUCCAGCAUGCCCCACAAGUCUGAUGUAUUGAGUCAAGAUGAACUGCGCAAAAAGCUGUACCAGACGUUUAAGGAUCGAGGUUUACUGGACACACUUAAGACACAACUCAGAAACCAGCUAAUUCAGGAAUUGGUACAUCCUGUGUUGAGUGGAGAACUGAAGCCUCAAUCCAUAUCAGUGGAAGGCAGCGCCCUCUUAGUAGGUGCUUCCAACGCUAUAAUAGCAGAUCACUUACAGAGAUGUGGCUAUGAAUAUUCACUUUCUGUUUUCUUUCCGGAAAGCGGUUUGUCAAAAGAAAAGGUAUUUACUAUGCAUGAUUUGUUACAACUCAUUAAAAUCAGCCCUAAUUCCAGUCUCUACAAAUCACUGAUUUCAACAUUUGAUAAAGAAAACCAAAAAGGUUUCUUAAUGAAUUUCUUAAGAGAAUUGGCAGAAUUUCAUCAAGCUAAAGAGAUUUGUGAUGUGGAAACGCAGACAAGUUCAACAUUUCUUACCAAAGAUUCUCUUGCUGAAAAGCUUCAACAUAUCGAUGACCAAUUUGCAGAUGCUUAUCCUCAACGUGCAAAGCUAGAGUCUUUAGAGAAAAAAUUAAAUGAAUAUAAGAAAGAAAUACAACAUCAGCUUCAUAAAGAAAUGUGUCAGAAGUUGAAGUAUAUUAAAGAUACUGAAAUAACAAAAAUGAAAAUAGAAGAGAAAAGAAAAUACGAGAGAGAAUUAGCUGUAUACCGGAAUGAAUUUGAGAAAACUUACCAAGCAAAAAGCGAAGCACUUAUUUCUCAGGAAAAGAAUUCUCUUGAAAGAAUUCAGAAACAUCAAGAGAGUGAAACAAAAGAAAUUUAUGCUCAAAGGCAGCUUCUAUUAAAAGAUAUCGAAUCACUAAGGGGCAGAGAAAUGGAGCUGAAGCAAAGAAUUGAUACUUUUGAAUUGAAGCAAAAGCUCCAGGAGGAAAAAAAUAAAAAUGUGACUGAGGCUCUUAAGAAAAGGGAGGAAAAUAUAAAGAGCAUUGAAGAGAGCUAUGACCAAAGACUGAAGAAUGAACUUCUAAAGUAUCAACUUGAACUAAAGGAUGAAUACAUCACUAGAAGUAAUAAACUCAUGGAAGAUGAAAGGAAAAAUAAAGAAAGAUCUGUUCAUCUUCAAGAGGAGCUUGCAGUGAUUAAUUUAAAAAAAGAAGAACUCAGUAAAUCUGUAAAUCAGAUGAAAGAUCUUGAGGUGGAGUUACAAUCUGUCAAAAACCAAUUUUCAACAUUAACCAAACAAAACCACUUGUUGAAUGAAAAGGUUAAAGAGAUGAGUGAUUACUCUCUAGUGAAAGAAGAAAAAGCAGACCUUCAGGCGCAAAAUAAAUUACUGAGAAAACAGCUGGAAGAGUCUAGGAAUGAAAACUUGCGUCUCCUAAACUGCAUGGCUCAGCCAUCUCCCGAGGUUCUGGUUUUACAGAAUGAGUUACAAAAAGUUGAAAGUACCAUGGCAUUUGAGCAGAAGGAGUUCAAAUCUCAGAAACAAGCCCUCCAGAAGCUGCUACAAAGUGAAAUCGAACAUUCUGCACAGCUAAAGGCCCAGAUAUUGGAUUAUGAUGCAUCUGUAAAGAGGUUAACUCUUCAGAUUACUGAUUUAAAAUUGCAACUGAAACAGACUCAGACGGCCCUAGAGAAUGAAGUAUACCGCAAUCCAAAGCAGUCUGUGAUGAACCAUCCUGUGAAUGACAGCACACCGCCUCCCAAUGGUGAUAUAGGGACCAGUUUCCUCUUCAGGCCAUUUGAACAUGGAAAGGCUCUAGCAAAUGCCCUCAUGGGAAAAUUUAUAGGUUAUCCACCUUCAGGGAAGGAAAGUAGUUCCCCUGACUCUGACAAUGAGUUUGUAGUCAAUACUAAGGCUAGGGUAAGAGAGCUAGAGCAAGAAGCUGAACGCUUGGAAGAUGCUUACAGAAAUUACCGACGAAGAACUGCUGUAAACAUUCCUAGAAGCCCACCCUCACCAGCAAAGAGUCCGCAGUCUCUGCCCUUGCUAGACACGUGCAGACACAUCAUGCCCAGUCCCCUGGAAAAGCACGCUUUCACAGAGGCCUAUGUGGCUCCUGAGCCCCCUCCGGUGCAUAUGCUUAAAGAGGAAAAGAGUGACACGUCGGGAGCACUGAUGGACAGUAUGUCGUGUCAGCUACACAGGAGCUCUUCCUCCAAACAUUUUUCCUCCACACCCUUUCCCAAAGCAAGAAGAAGCCUCGAUCAUGAAAUGUAUCUGGAAGGUAUGGUUAAGUCACAGGCUGCUUCUCCCAGUUUUUGUCCUGACAGAGCACUUGCUGAUAGGCAUAGCUUCUCUUUCCCUCCCUACUUGGGCCCUAUGCAACAGAAGGCCAAUAUUUAUCAGAGACAAAUUGAAGUUAAAGACAAAAUUGAAAUUUCAAACCUGAACAAGCUACCUUUUAAUGAUAAUGAAGAAUUUGAAUCAUCUUUUCGAUAUGCAAAGAACAGGUCAAAGCAGUUUGAAACUGAAGGGUUCCACCCUGCUGGUGAUAUGCCUCCCAUGGAUGCCGCCGCAGCUGCUGUAAUACCCAGCCUCAGCCCAUAUCACUACCCACGCAAAAACUCUGAUGCUGGAAGCAUGAAAACUUACUGA